AUGCACGCCCAGUUCCAAGCAGCGCAUCCCCGCCAGAGCCUGUGCCCGAAAGAUUCCCCACAAGAGUGUUACGGAGGUUUUGCCCGGGUAAAGGCCACGGUGGACGCUAAGAAGAAGGCUGCUGCUCAAGCCGGGAGACCCACGAUAUUCCUGAAUGCCGGAGAUACAUUCCAGGGAACUCCUUACUACACGUUCUUCAAGUGGCCGAUUGUGUCUCAGUUUGUCGACAUGCUCGGGAUUGAUGUGAUGGCACUUGGAAACCAUGAGUUUGACGACGGAGUCAAGAGUCUGUCUGAAUACAUUGAGAAAGUGUCAGUUCCAAACGUCUGCAGUAAUCUAGAUCUUUCCCAGGAACCGAGUAUGCAGGUGGAUAAAUUGACACCUUCGUUCAUCCUGACAGUCAAUAAUGUGAAAAUUGGCGUCAUCGGAUACUUGACGCCAGACACCAAGUUAACAUCAGAUGUCGGGAAGGUUAAUAUUCUUGACGAGAUUCCUAGUAUCCGCAAAGAGGCACAGAGACUACGCGCUGAGAACGUUAAAAUCUUGAUCGCUCUCGGACACUCUGGGUAUGCCAAGGACCAACAGAUCGCCAAGGAGGUCGAGGAGAUAGACCUUGUGGUCGGAGGUCACUCACACACCUUAUUGUACAAGGGGACUCCACCAGAUCCUAAUCACACUGUCAGAGGUGACUACCCUACAGUCAUAACCCAAGCCAGUGGCAAGAAAGUGCCCGUGGUCCAAGCAUCCUACGGCACCAGAUACCUGGGAUACCUGGAGUUGGACUUUGACGACGAAGGAAACCUGAAGAGUUGGAACGGAGCGCCAAUACUUCUGAGCGGCGACUUGCCUCAAGACCCGGAUGUGCUCGCUGCACUUCAACCGUACGAAAAGCAACUUGACGAUAAGCUUGGCAAGGUCGUGGGCAACACAGUAAAAUACACGAAUAGUCAGGGUUGGACCGUAGCUUCUGUAGCCAUACAGCAAGCUGGUGGAAUACGUGCCUCUAUCAAUCAAAGGGGUCCUAUCACUGCAGGAAACGUUGUAUCAAUACUACCUUGGGGAGGAAAAAUUGUAGUGAAGGAACUGAGAGGGAGUGUGUUACUAGAUGUGCUGGAGACGCAGUACACAGAUACGAGCAAGUGUUCAAGGGGUCCUGUCGGACUGAAGGUAGUGUACAACAUGCAGGCAGCCCCUGGCAGUAGGGUAGUCAGUGUACAGGUUCGUUGCGCCGAACUGCCAUCUACAAGGUUGCAAUGCUGGAGAAUAUCGCUAAUGGAGGGGGAUGGCUUCAGUAUGCUGACCAACAUACCUAACACCUACAUCUUUGAUGACGUUGACUACGUAGUGCUCACCAAGUACGUAGAGAAGCACUCCCCGGUCUACCCAGCGGUGGAGGGUCGCAUAGUCAUUCUGAACGCCAAGCAGGAAGAAAAACCCUCCCCAGUGAAGAAGACAUUACGGAUAUUAAGGGACUUUUUCCGACACAUGCACACGUUUAACGGAGAAAACGCAUUUGGCGAAUGA